CCACAACCUCUCUCUCUAAAACCAUCCCAACCACCCUCUCCCACCUCAAUCCCACCAAGUAGUACAUACCAAUCCAACAAUGCCCACCCGCCGCAUCGCCCAAAUCGUCCACCUCAAGCCCUCCGCCAUCGCCGCAUACAAAGAAUGUCACGCGAACGUAUGGCCCGAAGUCCUACAGCAGAUCAAGGAGUGUAAUAUCCGAGAUUACUCUAUCUUCUUCGAUAAUGAGCGGACGCUGUUCGCAACGUUCAAAUAUGUCGGGGAGGACUUUGAGGGUGAUAUGCAGCGGAUGAAGGCCAAUCCGAAGGUGAGGGAGUGGUGGGGGUUGACGGAUGGGAUGCAGGAGAGUCCGAUUCCUGGGGCUAUUGGAAGUGCUGAAGGUCCUGGGUGGUGGAAGGUAUUGGAUGAGGUGUUUUAUACUGAAUAAAUUGUAUCAAUACUCUCAAGUUUGUUUCCGUCUUCACUCCUCACAAGUAUAAAAAUACAUAAAAACUACUUGACGGAUCUCAUUCGGAUCUCAUAUACAUGCCAUGCAACAAUGGGUAUCUUCGCCGGGAAAAUCC